AGUUGGAUUCGCUGUUAUUUACAAAGAGUCGCUUUACUCGUUGUGUGUUUGUGUGUCUGUUAGUGGCAUCAGAAUACAAGCAAUCUGCAUUUUUUUUGGUCAGGAUCAAAUUCCAAACCCUCUCAAGUGGAUUGCCACUAAGGCAUCAUAUCCUCUUUCUCCUCCUCAACCCUUUUUUCCCCUCCCUUUUCUGCAUCUUGACCAUCUUGUGCUCUCAUCUUUCUGCCUCUUUCAGGCCAUAAAGUGGCCCAAACUUCAUGUGGCUGUGCAGGGGCACGUGGCACAGCAGAUUGGAGGAUCUCAAUCUGCUCACUUGACUUGAGCAAAAUUAAAAGGAAAAAAAAAAAAAAAACUGUGUACAGCCACAAUUUCUUCCUUGUUGUCAUGUAUCUACACCUUACGCUGAGAACUGAGAUCCUACUCAGGUGUAAUCUCCUGUAAAGGCCUCAUGUCCUAAAGAGAUGCCUGAGUGUUCUAAUCUCAGGAACGGCCUGAUUGUUACCAAACUCCUUAUUAACUAUGCAUAGAGGACACGGUAGCCAAAUGGAGCUCCGUGUGUCCAUCAGUAAAUCUUAUCGUCGGGACGAGGACGUUAGGUGUCAGCGCAGAGAGGAAAAACAGCCAAAACAGAAGAAGAGUUGGAUGAUACGUGACGAACUGAAGGAUGCACUUUUAUCGAAGCCAACAGAUGAGAAGAGAACUGUGAAGCAGAUAAACUUGGGAUUUAUUUGGAUAUUUCAACAUGGACUCUCCAGCCCUCCCUGUGGCCAGGCUGGAUGUGGAUGUAGAUCUCGGGUUUGCCCUCUUCUUCUUCUUCCUCCUCUGCUUUUUCUUGUUGGUCACCAUCAUCCGCUGUGCUCAGAUGGUGCUGGACCCUUACAGCGCAAUCUCUGUAACGACAUACCAGGAGGAGCAAAUGGAGGAUGAUGCUUUGCCGCUUCCAGCCACUCUUUCAAAUGCAGGAAUUCACACCCAGUGA